CAAGAAAAUGAGAUAGAAAAAAAAAACAGUUUUCUUCUUUUUCUUAUUUGCUUUUGUUGCUUGCUUCUGUGACUGUGAGGCCAUGGACGCUGCUUGAAAUCCUCUGCUUCUACUUGCUUUUUCUGGCUGACCUCUGAGCACAACACAAAAAGUGAAGUUUUGCUUGUGUUUUGGUGAGAGUUUCCAACAAAAUGGUGCAAGGAAUGUCAUUGAGCACUAUGGUAACAUGUGGAAAGAGCAGGCCCUGUGGAUCUUCCUUAAAUUGGAUGACACCCUUUGAGCCAUUUAAGAGAUCCCAUAUCACUUCCACCACUGGGAAGCACUUGGUUUGGAACCAGUGUGUGCAGAGCUUGUUCUUAAUGGGGUACCCUUAUGUGUCAAGGCGCGGCGACUUUAAGGCUGAAGCAGCAUGGAUGUUUAGAGGGGGAGGAGAGCAGGAGUUGGAUGCAAGUGUAGAGCACAGUGAAAGCGCUAAUGAGGAUAUCUUGAUGUUCUUUUUUCAGUUAGACUUGGCCACAAGAGUACAGUAUGCUUUGAACAUGGAGCAGUAUGACAUUGCACAGCAGCUGAGAAAUAAACUAUCUGAGGUUGAAGAAGAUAUAAUCAAGCAACAACAGUCAAAAAGGGGAUUGUCUUCAAAAGGUGAAGCCCAAGAUAAAGGUUUAAGUAUUAUCCGUCUUCGUUCAGACCUUCAGAGUGCUAUUGAGAAAGAGGAUUAUGCCUUGGCUGCAGAAUUACGGGAUAAAAUUUCCAAACUUGAAGCAGAGUCUCUAGCUGCAUCAGCCAAAGCUUUGGCACAUGAAAAUGCACAAUACGCCUUCCGCUUGGGGCAGAAAGUAAGGCAUAAAAUAUUUGGCUAUACAGCUGUGAUCUGUGGAAUGGAUCCAGUGUGCUCUGAAUCAAGUUCAUGGAUGGAAAAUGCAGAGAUUAAGAAGUUGUCUCGUGGUUCCACUCAACCUUUUUAUCAGAUUCUUGUUGAUGUACGUGCUGAACCAAAUCUACUGGUGGCAUAUGUUGCAGAGGAGAAUCUUCUAACCCCUGACAAACCAGACAUGGGAAGGUUUGAUCAUCCCUACAUCUCUUUUCUAUUCUAUGGAGUGGAUUCUGCUGGAGAUUUCAUCCCAAUUAAGCAACUGCGGGAGAAGUACAAUAAACCACGUCAUGAAUUACCCACUGACCCACCAAACGAUGAAAGUUGAGCAAAAGCUUACAUUACUGAUGUGAGACUUCAUGCACUAGUCAUAUGGCUUAUAGGAAUCGAGAGAUUAUGGCGUAUAGGGAUUGAGAGGUUGAAACUUUUGUGACAAUUUAUUGCAUGAAUCAGUGGAUCGGCCAUGCUGGAAACUAAAUGACAUGAAAGAAUUCCUAGUGUUGCUUGUACAAUGAUCACUGCCUUUCCUAGUGGUCACUCCCAUAUGUACAUAAGAGUUCCUGGAAAAAGUAAACUUCUAUUUCCAUCCUGAAAUGGGAGAGCUUGUGUUUAUAA